GAGGAUUUCCCCCGGAAACAUUAAUGUAAGUCACACAUGUGUUGGAUUCGAUAUGUUAUGAUAGUAAUUUGAACAGCAGUAGAGGCAUAAAGGAGUAGGCUGACUGACGAAAUAAACUCACGGAAUUAUGCUUUUACUAUGCCUACUCUCCACAGACUGCUCUUUAAGAUGACUGCUGUCCUGUCAGAUGGGAUAGGCAGUAGCAAUUAGCUUUUAUUUCCUGAACGUAUCAACUCAAGUCAUUCGGCAACUGUUCAGUGUUGGUCAUGUUCACCGCUCUCUCCACGCAGAGAUAUCUGAAACACAUGCGCUCUCAUCGUUAUCUGUAUUACAUUUUGUUGGGAAAUUGUAGACGCUGGCCUCUAACCUACUCGCAGUUUGAUAACGCAACAAUGGCAACAAGGGCAACCAAGCGUUGCCUCUCGACUUCGCCCAUCCGUGAGCCUAGCGUCGGCCAAAUGGACGUGGGUAGCCGGAUCAAGCGUGUGUCCAUAGAGGGAAACAUUGCAGUGGGGAAAUCCACGUUUGCACGGCUUCUACAAAAGGCAGGCCAGGACUGGGAGGUGAUCCCUGAACCAGUCAGCAAAUGGCAGAAUGUUGAGGGCACGUCACAGACUUCAGCGAGUAACCUGCUGGACAUGAUGUAUGCGGACACACCACGUUGGUCCUACACAUUCCAGACGUUCAGCCUCCUGAGCCGCCUGCGCACUCAGCUACAGCCACCCCCUGCACAGCUGCUGCACUCCUCAGACACACCUGUGCAGGUGUAUGAGCGCUCCGUUUACAGUGACCGGUACAUUUUUGCGCUCACCAUGUUCCAGUUGGGCUGCAUCAAUGCUACAGAGUGGGCGGUUUACCAGGACUGGCACUCUUUCCUUUUAGAGCAGUUUGGCAGGCUUGUACAGCUAGAGGGCAUCAUCUACCUCAGAGCUCCACCAGAGACCUGUAUGACACGGUUAGGGAUGAGGGGGAGAGAGGAGGAAAAAGGGGUCAAGCUGGACUACUUACAGAAACUCCACUCGCAGCAUGAGAGCUGGCUAAUAGACAAGACUACUGUGCUUCAUUCAGAGAAGCUGAAGCAGCUUCCUGUGUUGGUGCUUGAUGCAGGGGUGGAGUUUGAGAAGGACCCAAAAGUCCAGGAAAUGCUUAUCACACAGGUCAAGGGAUUCUUCAAAUCAAUAUGACCUCCCUCCAAAAAAAUGGUCCAGAAUGGUUGAAUUGUUAUGCAGUGCUGAGAGCAAAAAGUGAACUUUCUCCUACCUCUAAUACAAAGGCAGUGACAAUAAAGCGGCUAGUUACACCGUGUCAAAGGCCACCGAGUCAAAGGCCAUUA